AUGUUGACUGCCUGGCUCAAAUCAAUGCUAUCUGUUGAAAGGUCCAAGCCGCUGACCAAAACAGAACGCUUUACCCAGUGGUCAUCUUUACUAUACGUCGUUGUGGGCACAUCUAUGCUUUUUAUACCAUCCUUGUGGGGAUUUUUGUACAAAGUCGAGCUCCUUGGCCGGAGCGCAGGCUACAUUCAGCUUGGAGGGCUUGCUUUCGUUGUCGAGGGAUAUUUGCUAGUGAUAGCCUCAAAAUCUGAGCAUAAAUUCUCAGGCCAUGGCCAUAUUAACAUAACUGUGCUCACAAGACUGAUCCUUGUCAACAUGUCCUUAACAAUCCUGUACUUGAAGGGAACAGCUCCAGUGCGUUGCAUUGCGUUUAUUGCAGCCCUCGACAAUUCCUUGGCUGUUGGUGUUUUUUUGGUUUGGAUUUCCACUGAAGAGGGUGCAACCUUGGGUUUGUUUUUCAAGGAGAUAUUUGAUCUUCUAUUACGAUUUCCCGUCGGUCCUUGUUCUUCUAUCGCGGUUCUCUUGUUAGGAAUUGUGCAGUUUCCAGCAGGUCUUUACUUGAAAGACGUAACUCGUUUAAGUCACGCACUCAGCUUGGAUCCGUUCUUAGGUUAUUCAGGGCUUUUCCUAAGUUUUUACUUCAGCCUGAAUGCGGCGCAUGCAGUAUUGUAUAUCUCCAAUGGUCAAGCAGUGAGCACAACGUUCAACAAGGGCUGUGUUUUUUAUCGCGUGGCAAUCAAUAUUUUAGUGCUUUUUGUUUUAGGCGCUGCGAAUCGGAUUGAAAUAAGUCUAUCCGUUUUCCUGAUCAGUGUGGAAAUGAUCCUCGCUGCAUUUAUCUUGGUGUCUUUGUCCUGUGACAAAGAUAACUAUGACCAAGGCAAAGAAAAGUAA